AUUGCUGCAUCGGAUCCUUUUCUAUGAUCCACCUGUCACGCGACAGCUGGCAGGAGUGGGAAGUGGGAUGGAGAAUUAAGAGGUAACCAUUUUCAUGGCCUGCGGAUAAGGGCAUCCUAGAAGAGGACAAGAGACUCCGGACGUGUCUUUCUGGUAGAGGGUGAAGGUACAAAUAUUUGAAUAGGUGGAUACAAAAGAAGAAGGAAAGGAGGCGCAGAGAAAAAAGAAUGAUUACCUUUGUUUGUUUUUUUUGCUCAGUUUUCCCAACCUUUCUUUUUCUGCACGAAAGACACACUGAAACUUGGACCCAAGACACAUUCCCAGCACCAUAUUUCUUCGACCCACCGUUUCAUGUAUAUCUUCUCUACCCCCGGCCUUCUCUUUCGGUAAAAAAGUUAGCCACUAAACCUUCAGAUCACGAUUUCUUAAACACUUCAAAGAACCAAUACUUCGCAACAAUCACAAAGACUUAGUUCAGAAAGGCCUUCCAAAGUCCAGCUAGAUAUCCCAGCCGCUCGACUCAACGUUGCGUGUUUCCAGUAAAAGAUCAAGCGGUAGAAGUAAUAUAAUCAAACAACAGAGCUAGCGGCAGGAACUCACAUGGAGGUACUUUAGUUGCUUAAGUUCUCUGAACUUGCUUGCUUUGCUAUUUUUAGCAUUUGCUUUUGAGGUACAUUCCAGAGUUUGUCUACUGAUAGAGAUGGCAACAGUUCCUGAGCUGAAGCGGAAGACCUGUUCCUACAGUUUCCAUCGUGAGCCGUUGACUCCGCUAGUUGAGUUGGGUAGCCUCGUGACAGACGACCGAUUGAAGAGUUUUGUUGGACAGUAUGGAGACAUCCUGGCAGUAUUGAAGACGGUAGUGGAUCCAGUGCCUCUGCAGACGCUUCUUCAGUUCUAUGAUCCAGAGCUCAGAUGCUUCACAUUCCAGGAUUACCAGCUUGCACCUACUCUCGAAGAGUAUUCCAUCCUGUUGAGUAUCCCUAUUCAGCAUCAGACUCCCUUCUUGGACGUCCCAAAGGAGGUUGACUUCAGAUUGAUUGCCAGAGCUCUCCGGUUGAGUGUUGAGGAGGUUGGUAAGAAUUGGAAGCCCUGUGGGGAAGUUGUUGGUCUGCCGUUGAAAUUUCUGUUGAGGGUAGCCAGAGAUGAAGCAGAGAAGGGGAAUUGGGAAGUUUUUCACGCACAGCUAGCUGCCAUGAUCUAUGGGAUCAUCCUGUUUCCCAGUAUGCCAAACUUCAUUGACCUUGCUGCCAUCAGUAUCUUCAUCAGAGGGAAUCCAGUCCCUACUCUCUUAGCAGAUACUUACUAUGCCAUCCACAGUAGGCAUGGUAAGGGUGGAGCCAUUAGAUGCUGCUUACCUCUUCUGUACAAGUGGUUCAUGUCGCUUCUGCCAGCCAGUGGACCAUUUGUAGAUACCCAGAGCACUCUGAAGUGGACUCAGAGGGUCAUGUCACUCACCUCCUACGACAUCAGGUGGCAGUCAUACCGGAUGGACGUGAAGGAUGUCAUCAUAAGUUGUGGUGAAUUCCGGGGCGUGCCACUCGUAGGGACCAAGGGUUGCAUCAACUAUAACCCAGUUCUCUCCCUUCGCCAGCUAGGGUUUGUCAUGUAUAGAAGGCCGCUCGAAGCAGAGAUAGCUGAGAGUUUUUGUUUUGAGAAGAAGGAUGACCCUGCUAAGUUGGAGCAGAUAGGGAAAGCCUGGAGAGAUGUUGGAGUGAAGGAUGGAUCCGUCUUAGGAAAGAAGUUUGCCAUUGCAAUGCCCGAUUACACUGAUUGGGUAAAGAAGAGAGUGGAAACUUUGUUGCUUCCCUACGAUAGGAUGGAGCCGUUGCAAGAGCAACCACCCUUGGUACUUGCUGAUAGUGUGCCUGCUGAGCACUAUAAGCAAGCCCUAAUGGAGAGUCGUCGUCUGAGGGAGAAGGAGCAAGACACUCAGAUGGAGCUAUACAAAGCUAAAGCCGAUAAUCUGCACUUGGCCCAUCAACUCAGGGAAGUGCAAGGAGAGGAUGCUAGCAGAGCAAGGAGUAAAAAGAGAUCAUAUGAUGAGAUAGAGUCCAUGUUGGAUACAGAGCAUAGGGAAUGUCUGAGAUUGCAGAGAGCAGAAGUCAACUACCAAAAGAAGAUCAGAGACUUGGAGAAGCAACUCAAAGACAAAGACGCUCAGUUGAAGAAAGAGAUGGAGUUGAGACAGAAGUCAGAGGAGUAUCUUGGAGGAGAAGUCUUAGAACUUAGAAGACAAUUGAAGGAGAAGAUCACUCCUCUACCAGAUUGCUCAGAAUGCUCACUGUUGAUAGACCAGUGUCAUUACCUGAAGACCCUCAUUCCAAAAGACCGUCUGCCUUAGACUGUAUCUUUGUUGGUAUUUUUGUUGAAUCACCUCCAGGCUUGUUGGAUGGGAUUCAUUUGCUUGUACUCCGUCUUUAGAUCAUUUUGUUGAGAAUCACCUCCAGGCUUGUUGGAUGGGAUUCUUUUUCUUUGUACUCCGAUUAUCCGAAUAUUCUGCUGAUCUUGGUUGUAUGACUCUUUUACCCCUAUGUAUGUAUAAGGAUGUCAGAUUUUCUCUGUUGCUCUUUUUCCCUGUAUCUAUCUACUUAUCUUGUUGCUGCAAGUUGCCAUCUUUUAAGGAUGGGUCAGGCUCUUUGAAUGCCUGAGAAAUGAGCAUAUCAUGUGCAUCAUACACAUCAUUUAACAUCAUACUCAUAUCAUUUGCAUAACAGGUGUUCUUGUGCCGUCUUCUCACUCUGGUUCCUGUGUCAGACAGGAUAGCUGAUCAGAGACCACACCGGUUUUCAACCAGGCUCAAUCAAUAGAGAGGUAUGGAUCAGGUUCAGACAGAGCUGGCCGGGAUGAGGGCAAACAUGGCCCAGUUCAUGACAAUGAUGCAAGGGGUCGUUCAGGGGCAAGAGGAGCUGCGUGCCUUAGCCCAGAGACAGGAAGUUGUGAUUCCAACAUCCAACCGUGCUUCGCCUGUUGCUGCACCCGCUCAUGAGACUAUCCAUGUUGCUGCUCCCACUAACGACUACGCCGUCGGGGAUGAACUUGAGGGUAUAAGAAUCAAUGGACAGCCUCUUGCUGCAGAGGUCAAUGUCAGAGCUACCCGCGCUCCGAUUCGUCAUCCAGCUCCGUUUGUCAACCAACAAGAGGACACGUUUACUCUCCUCAGUGAGGACUAUGAUGUUGUGAAAACCGAAGAGAGGGACAGAAAAGUGGAUGCUCUUGCUGAGAAAGUCCGAGUCAUGGAAUGUCAGAACUCCCUUGGGUUUGAUGUGACCGACAUGGGUCUGGUGGAAGGGUUGAAGAUCCCCUACAAAUUCAAGGCACCCUCAUUCGACAAGUACAAUGGCACUUCCUGUCCUCGCACCCAUGUGCAGGCGUACUUCAGGAAGAUCUCUGCUUACACUGACGAUGAAAAGAUGUGGAUGUACUUUUUCCAAGAUAGCCUAUCUGGGGCAUCUUUGGAUUGGUACAUGGAUCUGAAGCGAGAAUCAGUCAGAAACUGGAAAGAUUUGGGUGAGGCCUUUCUAAGGCAAUACAAGCAUAAUAUGGACAUGGCGCCGAGCCGAACUCAGUUACAGAGCUUGUAUCAGAAAGACAAGGAGAGUUUCAAAGAGUAUGCUCAGAGAUGGCGUGAGCUAGCCGCCAGAGUGCAACCUCCUAUGCUGGAGAGAGAGCUGACUGACAUGUUCAUUGGAACCCUGCAAGGUGUGUUCAUGGAUCGUUUGGGAAGUUGCCCGUUCAGUAGCUUUUCAGAUGUUGUCGUCUGUGGAGAAAGAACUGAGAGCCUUAUCAAAGCAGGGAGGAUACAAGAUCCUGGCUCUUCAAACUCUUCCAAUUCUAAGAAGCUAUACUCUGGGGCACCCAAAAGGGGAGAGAAUGAAACAAAUGCUGUGCACCGUCGGAGGAGUGCAAACAGAGGACAGUAUCGGCAAGUUGCUGCUGUGACUAUCCCAGCAAAUCAAACUCCGCAACAACAGAGAAGACCAACUCAGCAGUAUCAGACUCCACAACGUCAUCCUCAGCAGCAGGCUUCCCAACAAGCUGGUACAAGUAAUGAGAGGAAGAAGAUCAUUUUUGAUCCAAUCCCCAUGUCCUACGCCGAGCUGUACCCCACUCUGAUAGAGCGGAACUUGAUCACUCCUAGAGACCCGCCGCCCAUACCCGUCAACCCUCGGUGGUGGUAUAGGCCUGAACAGCAUUGUGUGUAUCACUCGGGUGCUCCUGGUCAUGAUGUGGACAGUUGUUUCCAGCUGAAGAUGAAGGUUCAAGACCUUGUGAGGUCGGGUAUUCUGAUUUUGGAAGACUUAGGCCCCAAUGCUAAUUAAGCCUGAAGAUAACAAGUCCCGGGCUGGCGCCGACUUUUUGCUUCAGAAGAGUUGUUCAGAAAGCAGAAGCUGCUAAUGCAAGAAAUACUGACAGUUGUCGUCCCCGAUGGGAUCUAUCACAAUUGGGUCACUGUGGGCGUUCCUACAGUUGUUCAUAAGUCUUUGUAAUAAUCACUUUGUUUAAAAACCCUUCUCCCAUGCCAAAAGGAGAAAUGAUGGCAUUGUUGGCAACAUUUUGUGCAAUGAUAUUUUCAUUCAAAUAAAUUCAUGUUAAAACAUUUGUUUUUCCAAUUGUUUUCCCUUUUCGCUUUUUGCAUGAAAUUGGUGAUCACAAAAAACCUUAAAAAACAAGAAUAAAAGCAAUCUUUUCAUCUGCAUAACGAUUGUCUUGUUUGUUUUUCAAAAAGCUUUUCAUAUCAAAAUCAUUAUGCAGGUUAUUUCUCAAACCCAUUGAACAUAGUGAUCGGACGUCAUCUCCCAAUUUUGAAUUCCCUGUAUUCGAAGCGGACGAAGAUGAUGUUGAAGGGAUUCCUGACGAGAUUUCCCGACUUCUUGAGCAAGAAAAGAAGAUCACACUCAGCUGCAUCUCGAGAAUCAGCAGAACAGCCAACUGGGGCAUUUAUCAAAAAAAAAAAAGAAGAAAAAAAGAGAAAAAAAGAAAAGAAAGAGGAGGGUGCAAAAUCAAAAAGAAAUCAAAAGAAAUCCAAAUCAAAAGAAAAAGAAACAAAGAAAGAAACAAAAAUAGCACCCUCAAAGUCCCAAGUUGACUGAUGCUGAAUUCAAGCAAAAACAAAAGAUCAACUGCCAUGUUUUAUGGUCAGAAAGCAUUCGACAAGAAGGUCAAGUCUCGAGUUCUGAGAAAAUGACCCUGUGCUCAAGAAAGUCUUGUCUUUCGUGCCCAAUUCCAGGGGCAAGUGAACCCCAAGCUAGGAAUGUCCAUAUGUUGUCAAGAGAGCCUUUUCAGGCAAUGUUUCGACACUUACAACAAUGGAUGGAAAAGUUCACUCGUCCUGUGAAUUCUGAUGCAGUCAAGAAAUACUUCGCCUAAAACAAAAAAAAAAAAAAAAAAAAAAAAAAAAAAAGAAGCAAAAAGCUCGAUAAGUCGAACACCCCAAAGGGCGACUUAGGCAAAAAGGAGCGUCUCGGUGGAUUGAAAACCCGAAAGGGCGAUCCAGGCAAAAGUUAGAGACAUUGAAAAAAAAAAAGAAUUCGCAUCCCGCUAGAUUGAACACCUCACACUGGGGCAAUCUAGGCAAAAAUUAGGGAUUUGGCAAGUAACUGCAUCUUGACAAGACUGUGCUGUACAUCUGUCAUCCGUCAGGGAUUCUCGAUCCGUCGUCGACUGAAGCUUUGAAUACAUCGAAAAUUCAGAAUGGUAGAGGAAAGGUCAUUAUGUUCAAUGUAGCCCUCUCCAAUAUACAUCACCGAUUUCAAACUUGUACAGAUCUAUGGAGUCUCGCCCUUUGCAGACUACCAUUCCAUCACAUCAAUUUGAGCUUUUAUCCAAUUAUUUGCACUCUUAUUUGUUUCAACUCAACAAAUGUUUUGCAUGUUUUAACUGAUAAAGUAUCAUUGUUUUCAGAAUAAACAAAUUUUUCAAAAUUGUUCUUAAACAAAGUGAACCUUCACAAUGAUGGAAAGGAUACUUAGGAGACCCACAGUGCUCUCCCGGGGGUGGUAUGAUUACCAACAGGUAAGAUAAGUGUUCGUAUCUCGAGCAUGACUGUAUCUUUGUCCUGCAGAACCUCGUAUGGUCUCUCCUCAGUGAAGUUGCCCGAUGCAGUGUUGUUUGAAGUUGUUCAUCUUCAUGUUCCCGGCAGUACAGAUUCUUUUUCCAAAUCCAUGUUAGCUCUAUUGUGGGGCAUCCCCAGUAGAGUGCUGUUUGAGCCUUAUCGUGGGGCAUUCCCAGCAAGUUUGCUGUUUCGGACAUUAUUGUGGGGCAGCUCCCCAAGCAGAGUGUUCACUGAAGACUUCAACUUUCGCCUCUCCAGCAGGCCAGUCUUCCUCUCCACCAGCAUGGGUGUUUUUCUUUGAAGAUUCAGUAUUUGGUGGAUUGACAUCCCAGUAAUCCGACAUUCUCUCAGAUAGAUCCCUCAGUGGAGUUGUUUGCACAAGAAGCUUUAUCAAUGCCUAUCUACUCUCAUCAGAGAUCUGGCUGCUUUUUGGUAUUUCUGAUCUUCAGCACAAGUUGUUGUGGCGCAUCCGCCUGUAUGUUUAACUCUGUUCUCCGGUUGCGACCGACGAUCCCUCCGGAAGCCUCUUGUGGCUCUUCCUCCCCUGCAGGAUGAUGACUUUGGUUUUCUCUCCGGAUGGUUGAUUCCCGGACCUUUGGCGCUGAACAUGUCUGUUUGUCAGCAUUCAUCAUACAUUUUAGGUAGAAUGCAUACAUGCAUAAUCAUAACAUUCAGGUACUCAUGUUGCAGCUGUUGCCGGGUAUCUGUUGUUUGUUACCUCCUGCUAUUUGGUAAUACAAAUAUCUCCAGUAGAUUUUCCUCAAGCAAAUAUGGGUGUGUCCGAUCUCUCCACGAAGAGUCUACCCCUUAAGCAGAAAGUGUCAAUCUUUUCCUGCCAUUUCCCCACAGAGAUACAUCCUCGUGGAUGACGGUUGCUUCCGUUCCCUCCCUAAUGGGAUGGGUUUUCCCUAUUGAGUUCUUUCCUCAUUAGGAUGAGUCUUGUUUCAGUCUGCCUUUUUGGAUCGACCCUAAACUGGCUCCCCGUCGACUGUCUCUUGUGCUUCCCUGGGGCAUAAAUGAAUAGUUGCUCACUAACCGGCACUCAUUCAUCUUAUCCUCAGCAGAAUUUGCGGUCUUCUACCCACUAGCUGGUAGUUGUAAAUCCCUUUUCUCACUCUGUCUCAGCAGAAUCUUGUGGCCUCUACCUACGAACCGGUAGCUGUAAGUCCUAUCUUUGUGGUUUUCUACCCACUAGCUGGUAGUUGUAAAAUCCCACUUUCUCCCUUUGUUAGGGUUAACCCUUUGUGCUCAUCCCGAUGAUGACUGGUUACUUUUCCGUGGCCUCUACCUACAAACCGGUAGCUGUAAGUCCUAUCUUUGUGGUUUUCUACCCACUAGCUGGUAGUUAUAAAAUCCCACUUUUAUCCCCUUGGUGGAGUUAACCCUUUGUGCUCAUCCCGAUGAUGACUGGUUACUUUUCCGUGGUUUUCUGCCUACAAACCGGUAGAUGUAAUCCCCUCUUUGUGGUAUUAAUGGUCUCGUCCCCUUUGGAUACUUGCCUUGAUCAAGCAGUAUUGUCCCCAUUGGGUCUUCACUUUCUUUUUGGAUACUUGCUCCGAGUUAGCAACUUUAUCCUCUUUUGAUUGGUCAUCUUUUGCAUACCUAGCCUGGUACCCUGAUGCCUUUCUUUUCGGUCGUUUAUCCAUCUAACAACCUGCAACCCGGUUAUGGAUAAUCUUUCCAUGCGAGGUUAUUAUCUACGUUUUGACGGCUAUAGAUAAUAUAUCUCAUGCACUCUUUGGUCAAUCUUUCGAUUGUUAUC